AUGCCGCUCACAGGCAUUUGGCAGCUAAAUGUGCGACGCAUACAGUUCAGCUUUAAGUCUCUGCCUGCUGUUGUUACAUUAGUUUUUAUGCUAUCCAGCUCAGUGCUGUUCCUUUGCAUGUUGAAGCACUUGAUCAAAAUUAGUCUAACUGCUAAGAAUCUGGUGGGUCAGGUCUUUUUUGCCUGCGUGCAAUGCGCUUGCAUAUUGUUUAUAGAUCUAGCACGGCAUUGGCCAGCGCUCAUACGCUACUGGACACGUGUGGAGUUGAUAUUCAACAGACCACCCUAUGAGAUGCUCAAGCGUAAUCUGACACAGCGUGUGCGUAGACCUGCUAUUAUCAUAGUGGGCUUGUCAUUAAUUGAACAUGGCUUGUAUGUAGCCUCGGCUGUGUUGAGCUACAGAAGACGAGCUUAUUACUGCAUUGAAACACACAAUUCUACAUCUGCAGUGUCUUUUGAUAAUUAUAUUAUGCAAAACUAUGACUAUGUGUUUCAAAUACUGCCUUAUACCAAAACGAUAGCUAUAUUUAUACUGAUAGCAAAUGGUGCUUGUACUUUUGUUUGGAACUACAUGGAUCUCUUUAUCAUGAUGAUAAGCAAGGGCUUAGCCUAUCGCUUUGAACAAAUAUCCGCUCGCAUACGCAAACUGGAGCAUGAAGAGCAGGUGAAGGAGUCGACCUUUAUAGAGAUACGUGAGCAUUUUGUGCGCAUGUGUGAGCUGCUGGAAAAAGUAGAUAACGCCCUAUCCAGCAUUAUCCUAUUAUCGUGCAUAAAUAAUUUAUACUUUGUCUGCUGUCAGCUGCUCAACAUAUUCAACAAACUGCGCUGGCCCAUCAACUAUAUCUACUUUUGGUAUUCCAUGCUGUAUUUGGUGGGACGCACUGCUUGUGUUUUUCUCACUGCUGCCACCAUUAACGACCAAUCCAAGAGCGCGCUGGGUGUGCUGCGUCGUGUUUCCAGCAAAAAUUGGUGCGUGGAACUCAAACGUUUCUCCGAGGAAGUUCACAUGGAUCAAGUCGCCUUAACUGGCAUGAAGUUCUUUCGUCUCACUCGUAGCGUUGUUAUAUCUGUUGCUGGCACCAUUGUUACCUAUGAGCUGAUUUUGUUGCAAUUUAAUAAGGCGGACAAAGUAAAUGACUGUUAUGAACACUAAGAACACGUCAAAAGCAUUUGUAUUACUUUCUUGCCUUGUGAGUUGCUUUAAUUGAAGACAGGAUAUACAGGCGUCUAACUUACUUAGUUGACAAUUAUUUUUCUUAAAUAUAUUUUGGCAUAUCAUUUGUCAAUU